AUGUCACGCAACGAGGAUCCGGGUCCGCAGUUAAGACUGCCCGCCGAGCGACUUCGGACCCCUCCCCACAGGCGCUCGCCAGGCCUCGCGGCCGCCAGGCUCCCACCUAUAGCGGCCGCCGCCACCGAGUCCCGCGUGCAGCCCCCGAGCCCCGGUCUCAGCUUGCACUCACCGGGCUCUGGCCACCGCUACUCUUCACGUGCGACUUCACUAAAAUGCGGCACUACACCCGCGCCUCGACUCUGGGGCGUUGGUUUAUCGUCUGCGCACGCGCAAGGCGGGACGCUCCCGGACCUGCGGGCCUCCCAAAAUGCCCAAACCCCCGGGCUCACCACCUGCCUUUUCUCCACAGUCUCCAAUGAAGUGCCAGAACACCCCUGUGUGUCCCCCGUCUCUAAUCAUGUGUAUGAGCGGCGGCUCAUUGAGAAGUAUAUUGCAGAGAAUGGCACAGAUCCCAUCAACAACCAGCCUCUGUCUGAGGAGCAGCUCAUUGAUAUCAAAGUUGCUCACCCAAUCCGGCCCAAGCCUCCCUCAGCCACGAGCAUCCCAGCCAUUCUGAAAGCCUUGCAGGACGAGUGGGAUGCAGUCAUGCUCCACAGCUUCACCCUGCGCCAGCAGCUGCAGACCACCCGCCAGGAGCUCUCCCACGCCCUGUACCAGCACGAUGCCGCCUGCCGUGUCAUUGCCCGUCUCACCAAGGAAGUCACUGCUGCCCGAGAAGCUCUGGCGACCCUGAAACCUCAGGCCGGUCUCAUUGUGCCCCAGGCUGUGCCAAGCUCCCAGCCAAGUGUUGUGGGUGCAGGCGAGCCAAUGGAUUUGGGCGAACUGGUGGGAAUGACUCCUGAGAUUAUUCAGAAGCUUCAAGACAAGGCCACCGUGCUCACCACGGAGCGGAAGAAGAGAGGGAAGACUGUGCCUGAGGAGCUGGUGAAGCCAGAAGAGCUCAGCAAAUACCGGCAGGUGGCCUCACAUGUGGGGUUGCACAGUGCUAGCAUUCCCGGGAUCCUGGCCCUGGACCUCUGCCCCUCCGACACCAACAAGAUCCUCACUGGUGGGGCAGAUAAGAAUGUCGUCGUCUUUGACAAGAGUUCUGAGCAGAUUUUGGCCACCCUCAAAGGCCAUACCAAGAAGGUCACCAGCGUGGUCUUUCACCCUUCCCAGGAGUUGGUGUUUUCUGCCUCCCCCGAUGCUACUAUCAGGAUUUGGUCGGUUCCGAACGCCUCUUGCGUACAGGUUGUUCGUGCCCACGAGAGCGCUGUGACAGGCCUCAGCCUCCAUGCCACUGGUGACUAUCUCCUGAGCUCCUCUGAUGACCAGUACUGGGCCUUCUCUGACAUCCAGACAGGACGUGUGCUCACCAAGGUGACCGAUGAGACCUCUGGCUGCUCUCUCACCUGUGCGCAGUUCCACCCUGAUGGACUCAUUUUCGGGACAGGAACCAUGGACUCUCAGAUCAAGAUCUGGGACUUGAAGGAGCGCACCAACGUGGCCAACUUCCCCGGCCACUCGGGCCCUAUCACCAGCAUUGCCUUCUCAGAGAACGGCUACUACCUGGCUACGGCAGCUGAUGACUCCUCGGUUAAACUCUGGGAUCUGCGCAAACUUAAGAACUUUAAGACGUUGCAACUGGAUAACAACUUUGAGGUGAAGUCACUGAUCUUUGACCAGAGCGGUACUUACCUGGCCCUUGGCGGCACCGAUGUCCAGAUCUACAUCUGCAAACAGUGGACGGAGAUUCUUCACUUUACAGAGCACAGCGGCCUGACCACGGGGGUGGCCUUCGGGCACCACGCCAAGUUCAUUGCUUCCACAGGAAUGGACCGGAGCCUCAAAUUCUACAGCCUGUAG